GCUGUGGGAAAACUCUCUCGUGCUUUGGGGACAAAAUCUCAGUACACAAAAAAUAUUAACUCAUGUCUCUACAAAGGUGCACAUCUUAAUGCUGUAGUCUACAAAGGCUACUUGUCACUGCUGCUGUUAUUUCCUUUCAUGUGUCUGACAGAAAAGGUCAAAGAAAUUACCUGAGCUGUUGUGAGGAGCUGAAAAUGGCCAGGGCUUGAUUUGUAUAGCUUGUACAAACUACAUGCUUUCAGGUUUUUCUUGUAAAAAACAGGGGCUGGAAUUUGGCAGCUUUGCUUGCAGAGAGAUGAAUGUCACUGCUGACCUUCAGUACCACGGCCUUUAGGAUUUAUGCUUUUGACAGAUCUGUAGCUGAAUGCUGGUGCAUUGUGGACCAUUGGUAAUGAAGACCUAAGAGUCUUCAGCAGUUUAAUAUUGUUGAUUUUAUGGGAAUUAUCUGAAGGGAUUGGAACACAGUCACACAGCAUAAGGUAACAGACAGUUGUCUGUUAUAUCAGCCACACUGUGAAACUUGCAUUGAUCUUUUCAGUUUUUAGCAUCAUAGAGUAAUUUAGGUUGGAGGGCACUUCUGGAGGUCAUCUGGGUCACCCUCCUGACCAGAGCAGUGGUGACUUUAAAAGUAGGUGAAAUUUUUCAAGGUUGUGUCCAAUAAAUUUUGAAUAUUUCCAGGGAUGAGCAUUCAGCAACUUCUCUGAUUUCCCAUUUGGUUUUGUGGCAUCUUCAGUGCAAAAUUCACUUGCUGUAAUGUGCCUGUUGCCAGAGUCUGGCUCUGUAUUUUCUCUUAUCAUCCAUUAGGUAGUUGGAGACUGCAGGUCCUGCAGCCUUGGUGUCCAAGCUGAACAAAUCCAGCUCAGCCUCCCUUGAGCCAUGGCAUGAGCUGCAGCCUUCUCACAGUCUUGGUGGUCCUUGUUGCUCAAUGUUCUGAGGAGCUCUAAACUGGAUGAGUUACUCUAAAUUAAAUUAAAUUACUUCCUUUAGCCUGCUGCUCAUACUUGGCUGUGCAGCCUCCUGCAGGGCUGGCCUGUAUAGCUGCAAAUACUGCUCACUCCUGUUCAUUCUGGCUACUGUUAGCCCCAGGCCUUCUGGUUUAUAAUUUCUUAGAUGCAGGACUUAAACUUUCCAUCAGCACAUCACUUCAGCCAGGAAAGAUCCAAUUGAAAGGGAGUUCCCUCCUCCUGUGUUUUGGGCUCUGCUGCUCCACUCCUCUGCCAGCAUUGUUUGAUGCCAUCUGAGUGUGCUCUACACCACUAUCCAGGUGGGUAAGAAGAAACACCUGAGCUAUGCACUUUUAGCUGUCUCCCAAGAUUUCAAAUUGGUGACUGCUGAAGCCUGAGUAUUGAACUCCACCCCAUUUUUUCUGCCAUUGUGGGUUGUCCAUCCCCUUGCCCUAAGUGUGUUUCUGCUGUAAGUCAGGGUAAAUGCCCACUGCUGUCCCCUUGUCCAUAGAGUGCAUCACAGAAGGCAGCCAGACUGGGCUAAGGCUAUAGUGGUGUCUGUUACCAGUCACCUCAUCCCUCAUGGACCUGGAUAUUGGUUUGAGGAGGAUUGGUUCCAUCCUCUUUCUCUUCAUUGAAUGGGCAUGAUGCACAGAGGGUUCAUCACAGUCUGCCAGGAAAGUGAUCUUCCUAUUUUUCCUAGGGUUCAGAUGUUUUCCUAGGGGUGGAAAAAAUCUCUUAAUAUCACUCCUGAAAUAACUGCUAAAAUUGUUGUAAGAAGUUGAGUGUUGUGAUCUGCUAAAAGCAACAUUUGAGGCUUACUCCAGUUAGAUGGAAAGGAAAAGCAGGGAACUCCUUCACAUCCUCUCCAGCUGUGGUCACUGUGUUUGGUCAGCCUGAACCAAACAGGAACUCUGCUUGGAGCACCAGGGCACUGGGGAGGUGCAACAACUCCAGCCCUGAUCAGCAUUCCAGCUGGCUUUGGGAGGGUGAUAAAUGUGUGGGGCAGCUGGGAACUGCACAGGAGGACCUGGAGGUUGCUGAGCUUUGGGUAAUGGCAUGGCUGGGCACGAGAGAGUGUUAACUUGUAGGGAAAGGAAAUGAAAGUAGCAAGGAUUUAUUGAAAAAUAUUUGUAAGGAGCUGCGCUCUGAAUGGCUUUGAAACAAAACCUCUGCUGCAGUGAAUAGUUUUAAUCUCAGGUGGGUGUUGUGUCUUAUUUGGCAGCUUUUCAGAGGUCAGGUUUUGGCAGUCUGUGCAUCACCACCAUGCUCCCCCAAAAAGGCAUUUAAAGUGCCAGAGGGAGCUGCUGGGGAUGUUUAUAUCCCAGGAGAGUAGCUACCUCUGCACACAAGUCCUGGCACGGUGGUUGGUGUCUGGCCAGCCUGGCAUCUGCUUUUCCUGGGUGGGUGAUGGGCCAGCAGAAGGAAGGGCUGCAUCCUCUGGCAGCUCCGUGCUCAGCUCAGCCCCGAGCCUUGGGCGUGGCUGCCGCUCCCCAGGGCCAGGAGCUGCUGGUUGCUGCUGCGCUGGGACAGCAGCAGUGCAGCCCACACAAGUCCGUGCUGUGAACCUGAGAAACAGCUCAGGCUUUAGUGGGAUGUGGAGUGGGCACCACAUUGUUCACCUCUGUCAGCUAAUGAUUUAACUUUUCACUUCAUACAGCUGGAAAUGUCGUUCAUCUCGACACUGUCUGUGUAUUGGUAGUGCUACAUCCCAUUAUUUCCUUUCCUGAUAGUGCCUUAGGCAGGAGGUAGAUGCUUUAGCUUUGCCUAGAAACAUUCCUGGGAGAGACAGUGGAGAAAUGGAAUCACUGGCAGCACCUGCCUGAUGCUGAAGGACCAGCCCCAGAUGGGAGUGAUGGUGCUGCUGCUCUCACCUGCUGCCAGAAGGGGAGGCUCCACAGGUGUAACCCGUUUCCAGGUCUCGACUCCCUCAGGCAGCGCUGCAGAAGCACCUGUGAGCGGUGGUGUCCCUUUCUGGAGGGACAGAGCGGGGCAGAGCCGAGCGCAGCGGGGCCGGCCCGGACGGAGCCCGGCGGGGCAGCGAGAGCUCUCCUCAGGCGGGGGGAACGAGCCCCUUUGCACUGGCCAUGAAAUCAGUCAUGUCCAGCACCUUUCGGUCCUGCCUUCGCCUCUCCCGUCGCCCGCACCCCGACAGCGCCGUCCGCAAGGUGGGAUGGAUUACAGUGUCCCUGGUGCUGUCAGCAAUGGUGAAAUGGUGCCCACACACCCUGGCAUGGAAAAGGAGAAGGAGGAAGAAGAGGAGGAGGACCAGACCCUGGAGCGUGGUCAAUGGAACAACAAGCUGGAGUAUGUGCUGUCUGUGGCUGGGGAGAUCAUUGGCCUGGGAAAUGUCUGGCGCUUCCCCUACCUCUGCUACAAGAAUGGUGGAGGUGCCUUCUUCAUCCCCUAUCUCAUCUUCCUCUUCACCUGUGGGAUCCCAGUGUUCCUGCUGGAGACGGCGCUGGGGCAGUACACGAGCCAGGGAGGGGUGACGGCCUGGCGCAGGAUCUGCCCCCUCUUUGAAGGAAUUGGCUACGCCUCACAGGUCAUCGUCAUACUGCUGAACUUCUACUACAUCAUUGUCCUGGCCUGGGCCUUGUUUUAUCUCUUCAGUUCCUUCACCAUUGACCUCCCCUGGGGCAGCUGUGACCACGAGUGGAACACAGAGAACUGCAUGGAGCUUCAGAAGGCAAACUCGACCUUCAACGUGACCAGUGAAAACGCCACGUCCCCAGUCAUCGAGUUCUGGGAGAGGCGAGUGCUAAAGAUUUCUGAUGGCAUCCAGCACCUGGGUGGUCUCCGCUGGGAGCUGGCUCUGUGUCUCUUGCUGGCUUGGAUCAUCUGUUACUUCUGCAUUUGGAAAGGGGUCAAGUCCACGGGCAAGGUGGUAUAUUUCACUGCCACGUUCCCAUAUGUCAUGCUGAUUGUUCUGCUGAUCAGGGGAGUCUCCUUACCUGGGGCAGCCCAGGGAAUCCUCUUUUACCUUUAUCCAGACAUCAGUCGCCUCGGAGACCCUCAGGUCUGGAUGGAUGCUGGCACUCAAAUCUUCUUUUCGUAUGCAAUUUGUCUGGGAUGCCUGACAGCUCUGGGCAGCUAUAACAAAUACCAUAACAACUGCUACAGGGACUGUGUGGCCCUGUGCUUCCUCAACAGCGGCACCAGCUUUGUGGCUGGCUUUGCCAUCUUCUCCAUCCUGGGCUUCAUGGCAGAGGAGCAGGGUGUGCCCAUCGCCAAUGUGGCUGAGUCAGGGCCUGGCCUAGCAUUCAUCGCCUACCCUCGGGCUGUGGUCAUGCUGCCCUUCUCCCCACUCUGGGCGUGCUUCUUCUUCCUGAUGGUUGUCUUGCUGGGACUGGACAGCCAGUUUGUCUGCGUGGAGAGUCUUGUGACAGCUCUUGUGGACAUGUACCCCACCAUCUUCCGCAAGAAGAACCGCCGGGAGACCCUCAUCCUGGUGGUCUCCAUCCUCUCAUAUCUGGUUGGCUUGGUGAUGCUCACAGAGGGUGGGAUGUAUGUCUUCCAGCUCUUUGAUUACUAUGCUGCCAGUGGCAUGUGCCUGCUCUUUGUGGCCAUCUUUGAGACUCUCUGCAUCGCCUGGGUUUAUGGUGCUGAGCGUUUCUACGAUAACAUUGAAGAUAUGAUUGGCUACCGGCCAUGGCCCAUCAUCAAAUACUGCUGGCUUUUCAUCACCCCUGCAGUUUGCAUGGCAACCUUCCUGUUUUCUUUGAUCAAAUACACCCCACUGACUUACAACAAGAAGUAUGUGUACCCGUGGUGGGGAGACACACUGGGAUGGCUGCUGGCCCUCUCCUCCAUGGUGUGCAUCCCUCUCUGGGUCGUCUACAAACUCUCCACCAUCAAAGGCUCACUCAGAGAGGAUCCCUCUCAUUUCCUGCUUCCUGCAAGUGUUCAAGAAUGGGUUGUGACAGCAAUGGGCCCCUGACCCCUGUGUCCAGCACACACAGGGAGGAGUGGAAACAGCUGCAGAGGCAAGGCAAGGCUGCACAGCAUGAUGUGGUAUGAGAGUAACCCCUUAUGAACUUGUCCCAGUUAAAGCCAAUCCUCUGUGCUGAUGGAGGAUAUGACUUGGAGGUACUUGGUCACCAACCUGCCUUCAGACUGUUUUCUAGCUCUGGCCUGGAGCAAAUGAAGGACAGAGCUUUUCUACAUUACCCCUGUGUUAGAUACUACAUGUGCUCAGUACUUCCCUUGGUUGGAAGAUGAGUUUAUCCCCUUGGUUUUUGAAGUACUGACUGUCCUUAUUUUGGACAUCUCUGGCAUUUAGUGAGCAGAUCUGCAGCUGGGCCUGGCUGGCUGAAUUAAACCCAUGACUGGUGGGGGUGGAGGCAGGUCACUUUUUCUCCUUGCAGCUGUGUUU